AUGCCAUUGGUUGACCUAGCUCAGCCAUACCUUAACGAUUCGAUAAGGGAAGUUGAUAAAGGCUCCUGGCUAGUCUCAAACAAACUCCUUCUUACUCAUUCGUCGUCGCCACCCCCGGACAAGAUACCAACCGACGAAGCAUGCUGGAGCGAUAGCAAUGGGGGACAUUUUGCCCUCUCCACUGCACCUGAGCCUCUUCCAAAUUCCAAAGCCCUCACAGAAGGCUCCUCUUAUAUCUCAAGAGUCCACGCAGUCGACAAUCAAUCAGCCGUUUGGCGGGCAGGCGAAGCCUUCAUCAAAGCGCAUCACAUGGACUAUUCCCAUGUUACCAGAGAGCAUGCUACCCUACAGUUUCUCAAAGACCGACAGCCCCACGGUUUUGAAUUCCCGGACGUAUACCAUCAAUUUGAGACUGAGUCGCGAUAUUUCCUCGUUGUCUCGAGAAUUUCCGGCCAGCUCCUUGAGGAGGCUUGGCCUAACAUGGACGAGACUCUUCGCCAGUAUUACAUCGGCAAGGUAGCAAAUAUUUGCAAACAGUUAACGGCAUGGAAGGGCGACAUCAUUAGUGGUGUGGACGGAAAUCAACUGUUAGAGCGUUACCUGGUUAAAGGCAAUAGCAAGAUGGCGGAUGCCCUUUCUCCACAGCAGCUUCUGAAGAAUUGUACCGAGAUGUCUAUGGAUGUCUCCCAACUUGUCUUCUAUCAUUGUGAUCUCGGACCUACGAAUCUUCUUGUCAAUACCUCGACAGGCUCGCUUGGAAUCAUCGAUUGGGAGCUUGCUGGCUACGUUCCUAUUGAAUGGAUUAGAACAAAAUUUCGACUAUCGACCGGUAUGGAUUUCAACUAUGAGGAUGAGGACUUCAAAAAGGACUGGCGCCGUAGGGUUGCCCAGCAUCUGGAAAAGAUGGGCUACCGCGAUGUCGUAGAUGCAUGGUGGAAGUUUCAGGACAGCUAG